AUGUAUGAAGCGAGGACCCAUUCCUUUGGGUUCACAGGUGGAGCUGGGGUGGAGGACGAAUUCAAGUCGUCACCGGUUUCACUUUACAGGGAUAUUUGGGACGAGAUAGUUUUGGCUGAUCCUAGAAAUCUGAGCCCCAAUACUAUUGACCUUGUCAAACGCUUAUGCACAGAACAGCAUGCCAUCAUGAUCGGUCGUACCUUCCUAGUGUCAAGAACCUUGCCGUGCAAAGUUGUUCUGUUGCCAGGCAAUUACUUCGUCUCUCAGAGAUCUAUUCCCGUUCAGAAGGAUUCUCCACUAACGGGUCUAUUUCGACUUCAGAUGAGAAAGAUCGUGGAAGCUGGAAUCAUUGACAGACUGGAGAAAAAGUGGAUGCCAAAACUUGCAGACUCUCCAGACGCCGACAGAUCUCCGAUAAGCCUCCUGCAAGCAAGCACGGCUUUCUAUUUCCUCCUCCUCGGUCACUUGGCUGCUUUGAUCGUCCUUGUAAUCGAGAUCAAAUUUGCCAAUGGGCGGAGAUAA